AUGGACCUCAAGGAUUUGAUAAUAGGAAUGGUGUUUUUAUUUCAGAGUACAGUUGGUAUUCUGGGUAAUUUGUCUUGUCUUACCUGUUACCUAAUCAAUUACUAUAUUAAACAUACAAUCAAGACCACAAAUUUGAUUCUUGCACACCUAUUCACAGCCAACUUAUUGAUACUUUCUAUAGGACUGCUCCAUACAAUGCAAACUUUUGAAAUAAAAGGAUUUAUUAAUGACUUUGGCUGCAAAUUCUUUUUGUAUAUUCAAAGACUGGGCAGAAACAUGUCCAUUAGUACAAUCUGCUUCUUGAGUGUCUCUCAGGCAAUCAUCAUCAGUUCUAGGAACUCUUUUUCAAUUAGUCUUAAACCCAAAGCCCCAAGUUAUAUUGGUCUCUUCAUUUCUCUUUGUUGGAUUCUCUACAUGGCAUUAAAUAUGAUUUUUCCUGUUUAUAUGUAUAACAAAGAGAACAGGAAGAACCUGACAUACAAAAAUCAUUUGAAAUACUGCUCCAUUGUAGUUCAUGAUCAUUUUAUAGGCUCAUUAUAUACUGCAUUUUUUGUUCUUCCUGAAAUUUUGUUUUCUUUCAUUAUCAUCUGGUCCAGCAGCUCCAUGGUUAUCAUUCUCUAUAUGCACAAGCAAAGCAUUCAGCAUAUCCGCAGCAUCACUGUUUGCUCCACAACAUCACCUGAGGCCAAAGCUACCCACAGAAUACUGGUCCUGGUGUCCACCUUUAUAGGUUUUUAUGCCCUCUCUUCCAUCUUACAUGGUUGCAUUGCUCUUGUAUAUAAUCCUGGUUGGUGGCUGCUGAACAUCACAGCAGUCAUUUCAAUGUGUUUUCCUACUCUGGGACCUUUUGUGAUGAAUCAUGGCUCAACCUUGCCAAGAUUAUGCUUUCCCUGA